UUCGCCUCAUGCUCGCCUCCCAGCUGACUGUAGCCUCUGAGUGGAGGGCGUGUUCACUCCGUUUACUCUGCACACAGACAUCAAGCUACUUCGACACACACCGUAAUCUGGACAAUUUUUCACGAAACUUUUCACCGAUGGAAGAGGCGGAACCUCUCAAGUAAGGUUUUAGGUUGUGAAAGCUGUGCGCUUGCAUGAUAUUCUGUUUGCUAAACUCAUAACCCCAGGAGGAUCGCUUUGCGCAUGCGUUAAUUACUCGAAGGGAUGGAGGGUGAGCUGGUUGACUCUUCUCUUGAUUUGAGCCACCUGACAGAAGAGGAACAGACCACCAUCCUGCAGGUCUUAGAGCGGGACUUGGAUCUGCGUCAACGCGACGAAGGACGUGUAAGGGUCCUCCAGGAGACAGAGACAGAUCAGUCACGUUUUCGCUUCCUGUCAGGAGCAUGGUUCAGUGAGGAACUCGGCAAACGCCAUCGCAACUGGACGUCAGGAUGUGCGCUUGUCCACGCCACCAUACGCCACAGAAAGACCAAGAACAGAGAUGUGCCCCUGACUGAACUGUUCAACGAAGAGAGAGAGGAAACCUCCCGCAUCAAUGAGACCUCUCCUGAGGAGAGAAGACCGAAGGACACAAAAGAAGAAGAGAGUGGCGGGAGUCAAGGAAGUUUAAAACCGGUACCUAUACCCAGAAAAAAAACACUCUUAGCACAGGGUCUCCAGCACAGCAAUAGUUCCUCAUCAUCCAAAGAGUGUGAAAGGAGAAGUAAUGGCCACACAGAGGAACCUGAGGAAGACGUUGAUGGUCACAACGGGGACACUGACUCUCUGAGCAGCUGCCUGACAGAGCCGGAUCCAAAUUCUCUGAAAACCAGCAGCUCCACCGGCAGCCUUCAUUCAGGCUACACGGUCAGUGGAAGCAUGAUGAGUCUGUUCAGCUCAGGGGAUUUUGGAUUGGUGGAGGUGAGGGGCAGUAUCCAAUUCUCAUUGGUUUACGACACCCAGAAGGAGGAGCUGCUAGUCAAAGUGUAUCGCUGUGAGGACAUCGCUCCAGCACGCAAGAAUCACUCUGAUCCAUACGUUAAAAGCUAUCUUUUGCCGGACAAGUCAAGUCACAGUAAGAAGAAAACUGCAGUGAAAAAGAAGACACUUCACCCAGUCUAUGAUCAGACACUCAGAUAUAAAGUGCGGAUAGGAGAGCUGCGGAGCAGGACCUUGAACUUGUCCGUAUGGCACGCCGAGCACCUGAGCAGGAACGUGUUCCUGGGUGAGGUGGAGGUGUCUCUGGGCCUUUGGGACUGGACCUGCACUACGCCUCUGUGGCAGGACCUACAGCCGCGGAUUAACUUGAAUCCAGACUCCAUUACUAGUCGUGGGACCAUCUUGCUCUCAAUAAAGUUCAUCCCAGACGGAUUUGAGGGUGGUGGACUGCCUCUGACGGGAGAACUUCACAUUUGGCUUCGGGAGGCUCAAGGUCUCCUGGCCAACAAAGGGGGCUUUAUAGACUCGUUUGUCAGAAGCUACAUUCUCCCAGACGCCAGUCGGCAGAGUGGUCAGAAGACGCGGGUGGUGAAGCGCUCCAUCAGCCCCACCUUCAACCACACCAUGGUGUAUGAUGGCUUCCAAUCCAGCGACCUGAGAGAGGCCUGCGCUGAGCUGACUGUCUGGCAGCGCGAAGGGUUAAAGCAGCAUGUCCUGGGAGGGGUUCGUUUAAGCUGUGGAACUGGUCAGAGUUAUGGGGAGGAUGUCAGCUGGAUGGAUUCUACUGGAGAGGAGGUCGCUGUGUGGACCUCCAUGAUCGAAAACCCAAACCACUGGGUCGACGCAACCCUAUCUAUCAGAACUAACCUUGCACACCGGUCCGAGUGACUGACACACACCUUGGCUUGCACACAAACACACAUUCCAAUAAUGGUGGGUCUGAAAGGACACCAUCAGAACAUCAGCACAUGUAACUUCUCUGUCCCAAUUUCAGUUUUUUAUACAUACAAACAACACAGGAGAUGUGGUGCAAUAUUAUGAACUAACUGGCGUAGAUUAGAAAUACUUGUACAAUCUUUAACUGUAUGUUUUUGGUUUAGUCAGUGCCUUAUCUGACAAAAGUGUAAAAGUGUAAUCCCUUGUAGAUUAUCAAUUAAAUAUCAAACCUGA